AUGGCAUUAUCCGAUCUGGCCCGCGCUAAACUGGAGGGCGCUGGAGAGCCAGACGCGGCGCUUGCUGAGGCGGGAGGAGGAGGACAUGUUUACUGCACAGCCAUGGUGCUGCCUUGGGUGUUUCUCUGGCGUAUGCGCAGAGCUGUUUUGGGGUCUACGGAGGCUGCUGUCUGUGGUUUCAGGACAGUAAGGGGAAGCUGCCACACUUUUUGUACUGCAUCUAAAGAUGUUACUUAUAAGGAACUUAAAAAUCUGCUGAAUUCCAAAAACAUUUUGUUAAUUGAUGUGAGAGAAACAUGGGAAGUUCUUAAAUAUGGAAAAAUCCCUGGGGCCAUCAAUAUACCAUUGGGUGAGGUAGGUCAUGCUCUACAGAUGAACCCAAGAGACUUCAAAGACAAAUACAAUGAAGUAAAGCCAUCCGAAUCUGACAAUCUAGUGUUUUCUUGUUUAGCUGGAUUGAGAAGCAAGAAGGCUUUGGACACAGCAUUAUCUUUGGGCUUUAAGAGUGCUCAGCACUAUGCUGGAGGAUGGAAGGAAUGGACAACCUAUGAAGUUUCAGACAGCAAACAAGGAAAUUGA